AUGAAAGGCUACAUCGCGGUCUUCGUGUGUCUUGCUACUAAAGCAACGCACAUUGAAGUAGUCUCUGACUAUUCCACACCAGCGUUUUUAGCAGCAUUUCGCCGCUUCGUGUCUCGCCGAGGAUUUUGUUUACACAUGUAUAGUGACAACGGCACCACUUUUCAAGGCGCCGACGCCGAACUUAGCCGCUUAUCUAAAGAAACCUCUGCAGUAGGUCAGCAAGCGGCUUCCUCCGUAGCCAGUGAAGGAGUCAGUUGGUACAUCACGCCACCUUACGUACCGAACUUCGGCGGACUCUGGGAGUCUACUGUCAAGGCGUGCAAGCAUCAUCUCAAGCGCGUGAUUGGAGAGGCUCUCCUUAUCUAUGAGAAGCUCACUACGCUCAUGAGUCAAAUUGAAGCUUGCUUAAAUUCAAAGCCUCUUGGGUAUCUUAGCUCAACCGAUGAAGACCCAGUCGCCUUAACCCCUGGGCACUUUCUGAUAGGAGCCGCCCUUAUUUCUCCUCCUGACACCACAGAACUAGAUUCCAAAACUUGUCUCAGUUCUAGAUGGAGGCAUGUGCAGCAAAUCCGCAAUCGCUUCUCGUCUAGAUGGAGUCAGGAAUAUCUCACUCAGCUGCAGCAACGCACCAAGUGGACGCGUGCUCAGCCCAACCUUAAAGUGGAAGAAGUAGUCCUAAUCAAAAACGAACUUCAACCUGCCAUAAAGUGGCUCAUGGGCAGCAUCGUGCGAACCUUCCCAGGAGAAGAUGGCCUAUGUCGGGUGGCAAUGGUCCGCACGGCCAAGUCUGAACUUUGUCAGCCUGUCAGCAAGCUGGUGCCACUCACCACUUCGUCAACAACCUCACUUCCAGAGAACCAAGGGUGUCCUUCCACGGCGGGUGGUACGCCCAGUGUCAUCACUGAAGAUUAG